AUGGAUCAGUUGCAAAAUACGAUAUCUGCUACGUCACAAAAACUUGUAACCCUUCAAGGUUCUUUGUUUAAUGUGACACAAACGACACUUGAAUUAGCUAAACGAUUUGAGCGGAGUGAAUAUAAUACUGAACAACUGGAAAAAGCCGCUAGGAAUACUAUAGCUAAAAUGAAAAAUUUUCAAGAUUUCACUGAUGAUCAGAUUCGUUAUAAUAUUGCUAAAGAUAUUGAACAUCGUUAUGAAAGACUCAAAAGUUCAAUGCAUCGAAUUGCUAAUAAUGAAUUGAACUUUGAUUUCAUUGGCAUGUCUGAGCAAAACGAACUGAUUGAGACCGCUUAUCUCCAGCUAAAGGAUUCGAUUCCAACCUUAGAAGAAUCGAAGUCAACUUUUGUUACUAGAAUGCUCUUUGCACAAACCGUUCAGUUUGGGCCCAUUAAUGAGAAUUCCUCGUCUCCGAAAGUUAAAGAUUUAAUUCCGAAACAGAUGGGCAGUUUAGUCUUCACUAACUAUUUUAUGAAACUAAAGAUCUCUGGAAAUUCCACAACGCAAAUCUAUUAUAUUUUAACGAUUCCAUCUUUUACUGGAAAAAAUGCCGGUGAAAUAAGCAGUUUACCAAAAUUGUUGGCCUUGGGUGAGGACGGAUCUUACAUGGAGUGGAUGGAAAAACCUGAUUCAGCUAGUUGUGAUAUUGGUAAGUACACUAUUUGUCGUAAUCCAUCCGUCUCGCAUGACCGUAUACAAAAUGAGUGCUUAGAGGAAAUUAUAGCUGGAAAGGGACUUAAAAAGUGUUAUACAAAACCUGUACCGUAUAGUCCACCGUAUGUUGCACGUAUUUUACCUGGAGUAGUGGCUAUUUCAACGAAUAAGAACUUGACAUGCGUUGUUAACAGCAAGCAUUGGCAAAAUAUAAGAAGCCUAGGUAUCGUUAAUCUUGGAUGUGAAGAAACUUUAACUUGUGAAAAUAAUAUUUCAUUCGCUGGGGAAAAACGAUGCCGUUCUAUAACGCCAUACGUUUUGCAAACGAAAUCUGAUGAUAUUCUUCGGGUAGUUGAUCGAGUAAAAAAUUUGAAUGUAAAUAUUCCAAAAGUAUAUCCUCGCACUGGUGAUAUGGAUCUAGUGAAAUCUCUAGAGGACCAGCUAGCUUCACAGCAACAAAAUGUGCUUAACUGGACCUUCGGCAGCCUUAAACUGAAACCUCAUCAUACAAUUUCUAUCAUUUUAAGCACAGUUAUUGCGUGUUUGAUAUUGAUGGGGGCAGCAAUUAUCUUGUAUAAAAGACGCUGUCAAAAAAACACUCAGCCAUCCCAAUCUUCACCCACUAUUCAGCUAACGACCCUUUCAGUUCCAAACCCACAGCCAAAAGCUCAUCCAUCUGAUACAUCUCUCCCUGUAGAUGAUCUCAUACAACUGUAUCGCACUGAAUCAGGCAGAAAAAACAAAAUCGCUACCUAG